AUGGGAAUCGAUGAGCAACAGUUGCUGAGUUUCCAACGCUAUCUUUCCAAUGCCAAAAAAGUGCUAUGUAUCGUAGGAGCUGGAAUGUCUGCUAGUUCAGGCAUUCCCACAUAUCAAUGGCAGCGAGGUUCAUGGAAUGGUUACACAUCUUUGGAUUUGGCCACUCCAGAAGCAUUUCAUAACGACCCGGGGCUUGUGUGGCUUUUUUACUCUAGCAGAAGAGCCGAAGCGCUUCGCGCCAAACCAAAUAAUGGACACUUCGCCUUGGCAGAGUUCUGUCGUCGUUUCCCUAGUGGAGUUGCGCGCAAAAGAGGCAGCAGCGCCGAAAAACCAGCAGAAAGUAAUCUUGCAAACAAACAGGUGCUUGUGGUAUCUCAGAACGUCGAUGGGCUUCAUCAAAGAGCGGGACAUCCAUCAGAGUCGCUGGUGGAACUGCAUGGAAGUGUUUUUGGGCUCAAAUGCACUCAAUUCUUCUGCAACUAUAGGUCUAGAAAUGACAAAGACAGGUUUUUGACGCCUGCCCUCCAUAAGAAUACUCCCAGAGAUACGCCAACAACUGCUAAGAAGAGAAGGCGUGAAUCGUUCAGACAUGAUGAAGUGAAAAACGUCAAAAAACAACAUAUUUCAGAAGAAGCGGAAGGUCAAAAAUCAAGGGAAAUUUCCAUGACGCCGGAUAGCCCUUCUGGAUUAAAAACUGUAACCCCGUUUCCUACACUUGAGACAAGCGAGCUGCCGAUGUGUCCCGACUGCCAUAGCGGUCUUCUUCGACCGGCAGUAGUGUGGUUUGGUGAAUCCUUGCCUCUCACACAAAUGGAUGAAGUCGAUCGAUUUUUCAACGUGGGAAAUCCUGUAGAUUUAGUUCUCGUCAUUGGUUCGUCGGGCAAAGUCUGGCCGGCCAUGGGAUACGUCGAGCGCGCUAAAAAGUCGGGUAGUAAAGUAGCUAUCUUUAAUACAGUUAUUGAAGACCUGGAUCAGGUCCGCAAGAGUAAAGACAUUUGGGGAUUUGAAGGGGAUGCAGCUCAAAUCCUCCCCGGAGCUCUCAAACCACUGAUAGGCGACCUAUAUAAACCCAGAAACUGGCAAAACCGUUAA